AUGGCGACCACAAAAGUUGCACUCAUCACCGCCAGCUCAGCAGGUCUGGGCGCGCAGAUAGCACGCGUAUUCGCACCAGACUUCCGCGUAGUGAUAAACUAUUCCUCAAACUCCGACCGAGCCGCCACCCUCAUGAAAGAGCUCUCCUCCAUCCCCGGCCCCUCCUCCUCAUGCACCCCCCGCUUCCACCUCAUCCAAGCCGACAUGUCCUCGAAGCCCUCCGUCCAAAACCUCGUCCAAGAAACCAUCUCAACAAUGGGCCGCCUCGACGUCGUCGUCUCAAACGCCGGCUGGACCCGCAUGACCACCUUCACCGACAUCGAACAGCAGAUAAACGACGAAGACUGGGACAAGUGCUUCACUAUGAACGUAAAAACACACAUGUGGCUCGCCUACGCCGCAAAAGACGCCUUAGCCUCAACCGAAGGCACAUUCAUCUCCACAGCGAGCGUAGCGGGAGUCAAGCCCAGUGGGAGUAGCGUGCCGUAUGCUGUUACGAAAGCGGCGCAGAUACAUCUUGCGAAGAGCUUGGCUGUUAUUCUUGCGCCCAGGAUUAGGUCCUGGUAUGUUGCUUACGGAGUGGGGACUCAAGUUUCCGGAGAAGAAAAGGGAGGCGGCGAUUCAGAAUACUAA